GCCAGUCGAAAGUUGCGGUGUAAAGUUUCUCCCAGCUAAAGUUUUUAGAGAUGUCACCGACAGAGCUUGUUUACGUUUUUGUCUUGUUGUCCUCUGUGGGUUUUGGACAAGUCAUCAAGCAUGUCAGGAUUCCAGUACAGAAGCAAUUGAUAUCUACCUGUGUCGGGGUGGUGAUGGUUGUGGGUCUUUGUGGGUGGCAGACAUACCAUUCCGUUCUGUCGGUAGCUGUGACGGUAGCCAUCAUACGAGGAAUUGGUCCCAACAGGAAUUGCCACCUGUGGAGUUUUGCAUUCUCAUUUUCCUACCUUCUUGUCUUUCGUCUUGGAUAUCUGAUCGGUUUACCAGCUCCUACAGGCUUUUCUAAUGUUGUUCAGUUGCUUCUAACACUGCGGCUCGUUGGGAUCUCAUUUGAGAUAUACGAUUCCCAUGCUGCUAAAGCUAGAGCCAGAGAUGAAAGUAUCAAUCACAAUCAGCAGAAUGGAAAACCUCGUUAUAAAGCUUACAUUCAAGAACCCAAUAUUGCCGAUAUCUGCCACUACAGCUUUUGUUUCGUUGGACUUUUUUCAGGUCCAUAUUACACCUACAAGACGUACUAUGACAUGCUGCAAUGUACUCAUUCCCCUUCUAUACCUACCACUUGGCCAAUUAUUGAGAAACUCAAGACAUUAAUUCCUCUUGGAGCAGCUUAUGUAGCGUUGUCUUUCUUCAAAUGUUCAUCAGCACCCUUCUUCCUGUCGGAGGAGUUCUAUUCAUAUGGGUACUUUCAGAGGAUCUAUUUUACUGUUGUGUUGGUCACUGCAUAUCGUCUGCGUAUGUAUGCUGCAUGGCUGUUGGCAGAAUGUGUUUGCAUCUCGGCAACGUUAGGCUAUCCUGUGUCUACCAAACCAAAGGUCGGACUGGGGCCUAGUGUUCAACCUGUUGAGAAUGAAACAUCGAAUUCUGAACUAGUCAAAUAUAACUACACCACUAUACAGAACAUAGACUGGUACCACUGCGAGAGUACCACAGACUUCCGUAGUGCCAUGCGAUACUGGAACAUGACUGUCCAGUGGUGGUUGAAGAACUAUGUGUAUGUUCGAUUUCCGCACAGAUCCUGGAGUACGUUGGUCACAUUCCUCGUUAGUGGUUACUGGCAUGGUAUCCACCCAGGCUACUUCCUCUGUUUCCUGACUACUCCCAUGAUCCUUAUCGCCGAGGAUCGGAUGCGUGUCUUCCGUCAUGGUGAUGCCAUCUUCUGGUAUGACAAAGUGGGCUGGGUCAUGAAAUGUUACACCUUCCAAUAUGUCCACAUGGGUUUUCAGCUUCUGGGAUUCUGGGAAACAAUGCGUCAUUGGGCAUCCACGUACUUCCUGGGUCAUUUACUAACCGGAUUCUUUCUGGCAGUGGCGAUAGUAUUCAAGCCCAGGAGAACUGAGAAAAAAGUGGAGUGAGAUUGCAUCAGUUUGGAAACAAAGUCUCACUAUUCUCGCAGGAGAUAGACCUUACUGUGAGUUUGUGUGUAGAAACUAACUGUCCAGGUCAUAGUAAAGAUGUAAACCAUUAAGUGCUGGGGACAAUUUUGUGCCAAUUCUACUGCAUGCACAUACCCAAGUGUACUCCAGUGCACAAAUAUGCCGUAGCUUAUGCACAUUCAAACGAAAAUUGGUGUCAUUCGUUACAUGCAUGUCAUCAGUGUACAAUGUACCAUGUAUGUGUUUUGUCCUGCCAUGCGUGGCUUCCAUUCAGGCAGCUGUUCAGCCUGAGUUUAAAGAAACAUCUUAACUGCUGUUGCAUCAUGCUGGAGCACGUGACCUGCAUUCCAAAAAUUGAUAUUGGUCAGGAGCCAUUUAAAACGUGUAUGAAUUGAAUGUCAGAGUGAUGUUACUGCAGUUAAUCUGGCAUUAGAAUGCUUCUAAUGAGUUCUUGGACAGAUUAAUGGACAGAACCCUGGACAGUACCCUGGAUAGAAUUGUGGACAGAACCCUGGACAGGGAACCCUGGACAAAUCCUGGACAGAAGUCUGGACAGAAGUCUGGACAGAAUCCUGGACAGAACCCUGGAUAGAAUUGUGGACAGAACCCUGGACAGGGAACCCUGGACAAAUCCUGGACAGAAGUCUGGACAGAAGUCUGGACAGAAUCCUGGACAGAAGUCUGGACAGAAGUCUGGACAGAAUCCUGGACAGACCCAUGGGCAUAAUCCUCAUCAUUUUUUGUAUAUAUUUUAUGAGUUCUGGGUAUGUACAUUGUAAACUAAGAAAUCAGGAAAAAAAUGUUUUCAGGGAUUAUUGACUAAAAGAGGGUUGUAGAAUAAAUGUGCUAUAAUUUUUUGAGAAUAAAGCAUUUUAGAUAAAUUUUGUAAUGUGGAAUCUUAUAUCUUUUCAGUGUGGAGGCUGUUAAAAGUCUCAGUGACAUGAUUUUGAUAUGAAUAUAGACAUGUAAAACAGGUGACAUUGUUAAUACAUGUUGAAGUAAUUAAAUCAUUUUCUAAACAUGGAAUUUUGCACCUGGAAAGUAAGUUUCCACCUACUGUAAAGUUUAGUUUCAGGAACCCUUGAGAAUAUACAUCAUGUAAGCCUUAGUAUAGCAAUGACUGUAGUUAGAUUUCAACUAGUUAAGUUCAAUUCCAACUGAGUACUGAAGAUUAAUGGAUGUGAGAGGAAACAUUGAAAGUUAUCAGUACUGCGUGUAGGUUACCUGUCCUAUUAUCAACAGACAUGCAGUUUUUCCUGAGGCUAGCUGUUUCCCCUCUUCAAACUAUAUAUGCGGCAUUACAAAUUUGACACUGCAAUUUUUUUAAAAAUCAAUUAAUUUAUUUUUAUUGAUUUAUUCAUUUUGUCCUGAUUAUCCAAAUCUUUGCACGCUAACAUCACACUCUAUACCUCAUCGAAUGUCUAUUUGAUAACUUUACAGAUUACAAAGUACUGUAACUGCCAUAAAUGCACCAUGCACGCGCAUAACUGAACCAAGAAAUUUCAGGGGAAUGAAUGGAUGUUGGGACACUACCAAUAUGGAGUUGGACAUAGUAGCUGGUAAAGUGUCAGUCACUAGUAAAAUGUUUCCAUUUAUAAGGGCAUUCAAAUUCAUCUCCUGGUUCAUUGUUAAAUAACUACAGGUAUAUAGACCACUCUCAUUUUGCCUACAACCAUAGUUUAAGUAGCCACUGCAGGAAAACACGACUGUGUUGAUGUAAUGUUCUCUCUCUCUGUCUUUCAUACUGUGAAUUCCUUUCGAAAUGUCUUUUUUGUCUAUGGAUAUGAAUUGAACUUGACAAAAGAUCACUGUUAUUCUUACAUAAUGGUGUUUAUUCACAUGAUUUGAUUACCAAUUAAAUACAGUCCUCAUUGUAAAAUAUUUUUUGUAAUGAACAAUUAAAUUAUAGAGUUAAUUUUGAUAAUUAUGAAUAACCUCAUGCUUUCAUAAGUUGUCAAAACGUAGCUAAAAGAAUUUUUGUUCAUCUUUUUCUUUGUAAAAAGGUGAUUCAAAAUAGACAUCAUUGGAUGUUCUGUUUUUGACAGAUUUUUAAAAAUUAGAGUACACCUGUUUUGGGGGUAAAAACAGGAUUAUUUUGUGAGGUUUGUACUCUGACAUUGUUUUGAUAUUAUCUGUUGAGAAAUUUUCACUAUGAAUUUUGGAGUUUUCUGACUAAACCAGUCAAGUUACUUUCUUUGCUCUAUCGGUUUGACUUUUGCUUUUUCACAACAUUCCUCAAAUAAAGUAUAUUAACACAUUUCAUAACGUG